UAUUGUUUGUUUGUCGGUCACUUUCUGAGGCAAUUGUGCCGGAUUGUUGCAAAUUUACCAAUUCCGUUUGGAUUUCCAACAGUGGGCAAUUAUUUCAGUCGGCGACGUUUUUUGAUAUAGAUAGUCCCAAAUUCCUACUACGUCAGUUCCACACGAUUGCGGACUCGAGUGAAUGCAACUUAAUUAUAUUGACUGAAACAUUCAAAAUGGCACCGAACGAGCAUCUGGAACAAGUUUCAGAAUCUAUAAAUUUUCCACUAGCAGAGGAGAAUAUUUUGGCAUUUUGGAAGAAAGUGGAUGCAUUUCAAUCUUGUUUGAAACAAUCCAAAGGGAGGCCUCGGUAUUCGUUUUAUGAUGGACCUCCAUUUGCGACAGGACUUCCUCAUUACGGUCACAUAUUGGCCGGGACUAUCAAAGAUGUUGUGACAAGAUUUGCGUAUCAAAGUGGAUUCCAUGUCGAACGAAGAUUUGGCUGGGAUUGUCACGGCCUACCAAUAGAAUAUGAGAUUGAUAAAAUGCUUGGAAUUACGGGUCCAGAAGAUGUGGCAAAGAUGGGAAUCAAGGCAUAUAACGAUGAAUGCAGAAAAAUUGUAAUGAAAUACUCUGGAGAAUGGGAAACAGUGAUUACUCGACUCGGACGAUGGAUUGAUUUCAAAAAUGACUACAAGACGCUGUAUCCAACAUUCAUGGAAUCUGUGUGGUUUAUUUUUAAAGAACUUUGGAAUCGAGGCCUAGUGUAUAGAGGAUAUCUGGUAAUGCCGUACUCAACUGCGUGCUGUACUCCUCUCUCAAAUUUUGAAGUGCAGCAAAAUUAUAAAGAAGUCGUGGAUCCUGCCGUAAUCGUAAAUUUCCCGAUGAAGAGCAAACCUGGCGUGUCCUUGCUUGCAUGGACGACAACGCCUUGGACCUUGCCAAGUAACGUGGCUUUGUGUGUCCAUCCUGACUAUGAUUAUGUGCACGUGGAAGAAAUAUCAACAUCAAAACAAUACAUUUUAAUGGAGGCCAGACUUGAGGCUUUAUUCAAGAAGCCUGAUGACUACAAGCUGAUUUCAAAAUUUCCAGGGUCGACAUUGAAGGGAGAAGAGUACGAGCCUCUCUUUGACUACUAUAUCGAGUAUAAAGAAAAGGGAGCUUUCCGAGUUCUGACGGACGGAUAUGUCACACAAGACUCUGGGGUUGGAAUUGUUCAUCAAGCACCUUAUUUUGGAGCGGACGAUUUCAGAGUGUGCAAAGCUGCUGGAAUUGUCUCAGAAGACCAAAAACCAAUUUGUCCUAUUGAUGCCAAGGGUCGAUUUAUAUUACCUGUGAAAGAUUUUGAAGGACAAUACGUUAAGGACGCUGACAAGAACAUUAUAACACAUUUGAAGAACAAAGGACGACUAGUAAACGCCAGUACCAUCAAACACAGUUAUCCAUUUUGUUGGAGAUCAGACACGCCUCUCAUCUACCGAUCCGUUCCCUCUUGGUUUAUCCGAGUAGAGGAAUAUCGUUCAGCACUUUUGAAGAGUUGUGCAGAAACAUACUGGGUUCCUGAUUUUGUUAAGGAAAAACGUUUUGGGAACUGGUUGCGAGAAGCACGAGAUUGGGCUGUAAGCCGAAGCAGAUAUUGGGGAACGCCAAUUCCAAUCUGGGCAUCUGAAGAUUUUGAAGAAAUGGUUUGUAUUGGAUCCAGAGAGGAAUUGAAAUUGCAUUCAGGAAUUGAGUCGCCAGCCGACUUGCAUAGAGAAUUCGUUGACGAAAUUACCAUCCCUUCAAAAAUCCCUGGAAAUCCACCUUUGCGCCGAAUCCCUGAAGUCUUUGAUUGUUGGUUCGAGUCUGGUUCCAUGCCAUAUGCACAAGUUCAUUAUCCUUUUGAAAAUGAAGACGCUUUCGAGGAAUCUUUCCCUGCAGAUUUCAUCGCAGAGGGAGUCGAUCAAACCAGAGGAUGGUUUUACACGCUCAUUGUCAUCUCCUCCCUUAUAUUUGGCAAAGCUCCUUUCAAAAAUUUAGUCUGCAACGGCUUAGUUCUCGCAUCUGAUGGACAGAAAAUGUCCAAAAGGAAAAAGAAUUAUCCAGAUCCAAUGGAAAUUGUAAACAAAUAUGGAGCAGAUGCCCUUCGUUUGUAUUUAAUCAACUCACCCGUUGUACGAGCUGAAAAUUUAAGGUUCAAGGAAGAGGGAGUCAGAGACUUGCUUAAAGAUGUAUUUUUGCCAUGGUACAAUGCAUACCGGUUCUUUGUUCAAAAUAUGAUUCGAGUUACCAAAGAGGAUGGAGUUGAACUGAAAUUUUCUCCAAUAAUGGAAGGCUCUUCUGGUAGCGAUAAGACGGAGUGGAAUGUCAUGGAUAGAUGGAUUCUGUCAGCCACACAAUCCCUCAUCUCUUGGUUUAAGCAAGAAAUGGCUGCCUACCGAUUGUACACCGUGGUUCCCGUGCUUGUAAAAUUUAUUGACCAGCUCACAAACUGGUAUGUCCGGCUGAACCGGAGACGUCUGAGGGGAGAAACCGACACUAAGGAUUGUUACAAGGCUUUAGAAGUAUUUUUUAUGGUUUUGUUCACGCUGACCAGACUGAUGGCUCCAUUCACACCAUUUAUCACUGAACACAUAUAUCAAAAUUUAAAGAAGGCUGUUAAAAAGUCUGACAAUGUGGAAUUUGAUGAGAGCAUCCACUAUUUGAUGAAUCCUGAAGUGCAAGAAGGACUAAUUGAUAAAGAGGUUGAAAGUGCUGUUGAAGGAAUGCAAAAAGUCAUUGAAUUGGGUCGUUUGGCUAGAGAUCGUCGUGCUUUGCCAAUUAAGUUUCCACUGCCUGAAGUCAUUGUUGUACACGCUAGCGAGGAAUUUCUGGGCCAAGUCAAAGGACUACAGAAUUAUAUUUUAGAAGAGUUGAACGUGCGUACCUUAACGCUGAGUUCAAAUAAGGCUGCUUAUGACGUUCAUUUAAAAGCGCAACCAAAUCAUCAACGUCUAGGCUUGAAAUACAAAGUAGAGUUUAAAAACAUUGCUAAUGUCAUCAAGUCAUUAAGUGAUACUGAAAUUGAAACGUGUUUGGAGAAGAAAGGAGUUGAAAUUUGUGGAAAGUGGAUUGAACUUGAUGAGCUUUUUGUCACUUACGACGUGGGAGCAGGCAAUUCGAAAGAUCUUGAAGCUGCGUGCGAUGGUCCGGUUUUGGUUAUUUUGAACACCAAAGCGGAUCAAAGUAUGCAAGAUGAGGGAGUGGCCAGAGAAAUUAUUAAUCGCAUUCAAAAACUUCGAAAGAAGGCUCGUCUCGUUCCCACGGACAAAGUCACCGUUUAUCUCAGUGAAGACAAAACACUUGUUCGCAUCGUCAAGGAGUACACAGAAUACAUUCAAAAUGCAGUGAAAGCAACGGUUCUGCCAUUAUCUUCGUGCGCAAAAAAUGUUCAGUUCCUCAUUCAAGAGGAUUUCCAGAUCAAAGAGAGUAAAUUGUCGGUAGCAAUAUUUAAGGAUGGAGAAUCUGCUACAACGGUGUCUUCGGAAAUUCUAAAUGGUUCUUCUGGAAAAGGUCCAACUGAAGAUCCAUUCUGUAAGUACGUCAACUUGGUACUUGAUGAGGGAAUGAAAUCAAGCAACACACAACUUGGAAGAAAGGGUGUUAUACUUUUGGAAAACCCUGUUGGAAAAUCCAAUUUAAAAACAGACCAAUUGAAAACAGAAGUUGAAAAUUUAUUCAGUUUGCAUGGGCGAUCCUUUCGUUUAUGUGAUGAGAAUGGGGCAACCAUCACAAAUUUGCAAGCUGACAAGCUGAAUAGGAAAACACUUUACAUUUGUAAACUUGAAGAUAACAAAUGCCCAACAAAGAAGGUUGGUCAGAACAACGGACCGAUUGUAAAAUUUUUAAAUAUUUCCGCAAAAGGGAGCAAAGGUACAGUGCUUUUAGAAAACCCUGUGGGAAAUCCGGCUUUUCAAUCGGAACAAGAUGCAAAAACAUAUGGGGAAUCACUAUUAUGAUGAGUAAUGAUUUAAUGUGUUUAUUAAAUUACCAAAUAAAAACCGAUAUUUAUUAUUGAAAA